CGGUGGUGGUGGUGGAGAGAGGCGAGAGAGGGAACAAGAAGUAGAAGAAGUGCGCAGCACGCACGCAAGCCUUCCUCAUCAUCGCACCGACCACGCCCAAAGGGUCCCCGUGACUGCGCCGGUGGUACCCUUCAACACACGAAAUUACCAACACGUGUCCCCCUGGGAUCCUCACGACCAGAUACUGCUGCGAGUAUAUCUAACAGAAAAACAAGGAUCGCAGUUUUGUUUUCGUUGCGGGUUUCCAGUUUCCAGCGUGGGUGUUUGUCAUCCCGUUUGUUCUGGCCAUCGUGACGUCGUUCUUCCAGCAUGUUUUUGGACGGACACACCAGCCGGACCACUAGAGUGCUCAUAAACUACGACAAGAAGGACCUGCAGCAGCUCGUGUCGUGCGUGGAGAGGGCGCUGCAAAAAUCUCCCUCCGACCCACCGAUGCGCGUGACGAGUCUAAGCUAUGCCCCCGUCGAGACCACCGGCGGCGAGGGCGGUGGUGUACUAGACGGCACGCCGUUCUGCCCGCAACCCAAGCGGCAGAAGUCGUCGACCGACGCGCGGCACAAGUACGUCUUGCUGACUCAGAAGACGUUCAACCCGGAGGUGUUUUGGGCCAUGGAGAAGGUCUUCCUCGCCGCCGUGGUAGUUAGGGAGGGCGACGACGAAGGUGAUGAAGAAGAAGAGGUCAACGACGAAAACAACCGAAGACUCUCCAACGGCAGCGUUGCCACGUCGAACACUUCUCCCGCUGGCCGCGGCGUCGGCACCAUCGGCAACAGCAGCGUUAGCCCGUCGCCGCCAGCGCCGAAGCCUCCCGCGCAUCAGGAGCGCUUGUCCCCAUCGAGCCCCCCUCAGAUAGAUCGUGUCUCGCGGAUAGGGGAUUCCAGUACGCUUGGCGGCGGAGGUGAGGGGUCUGGUGGUGAUUCGCCGGCGCCCCCGUGGGCACCGCCCGGCCCCGACAUCGGGGGAAGCGAAGACUUGGUGCUGUCUGUGCCGGGAGCAGGAGCUUUGUCGCCGGCCAUGAGCACGCUGUCCUCGAGGGGUUCGACAGAGAUGGAGCGGGACGAAGAUAGAGGCGCAGGCAGGGACUCGGACAACGGUAGCAUCCUCGACAGCAGCAGCAGCUGCGGCGGCGGCGGCAGCAUUGACCGAGGGCGCAAGCAAUCCUCCGCCACUGCCACUUCGUCGUGCGCGAGCACCGUUCCCGAAGGCGGCGGCGCGGACGGCGGCGGCGGCGGCAGCAGCGGGGCUGCCGAUUCUCCGCUCGCAAGCCCCGGCCCGGGGAAGCUCUCGGUUCUGUUCCGGCGGGCUUCUCGGCUCCCGCCCGAUACCGAGCGGAACUCCGGCAGCAGCGAAGGCGGCGGCGACGGUAUUUCCUCGAACGGGGACGACCGAACAGCCGGUGCCGCCGCCGAGGAGGCCGCCGCUGGCGGCGGAAACGUUGGUGGUGAUGGCACGAACAGUGAGGGCGCCGGCUUGGUCCGCGGCGGCCGUGGCGCACGGCCUGCCAGCCGCGGGAACCCCGUCGCCAGCCACGAGCAGCGCUCGAAGCAGGCGCGCGGCAGAGACAGAGAUAAGGAGAGCUCUCGGCCCGCUGCUGGCCAGCGCGAAGUCGGGAGCGGCAGACCGGGAACGGGCAGCUCGAGUUCGAGAAGCGCGGCGGCGGCGGUCAAGGGGGACGAAAAGCGGAGGGCGGCCAUGGACGGGCCGGGGAGGGAUAAGGGACUGCAGAAGAAGAGACCGGUGACGAAGACGAGAGAGUUGCACCGCAAGGCCGCGACGACGACCGCCGCAAGCGCCAGGUCCGCCGCCCACAAGAGCCGCAGCAAGCCCAUUACCUCUGCUACCGGCUGCUCGACAACAGCGACGACGCCCCACACACAGAAGUCUGCGACGGCCACAACGCCCUCAGAACAGAAGCCCGCCGUGACUCCACGCAAGCCUCUCACGACGACGCCGCGCAAGCCGCAGCAGCAUCCGGUGCAGCACCGGUCCCCCCGGGGGGUGAAGCCCAGCGAGCGCAAGCAGCCGCCAUUCAAGGCCGCGGGUGCGCCCAAGGCGAGGCUUCCGCUGAGAACGAACACGGCGACGGCGGCGGCGGCGGCGGGAGCAACGGCGACGCCGGGGAAGUCGAGGUCGAAGGGAACGGCGACGACGGCGGCGGGAGGAAGCGGCGGCGGGAGUGGUGCCGCUUCGGGAGAAGGGAGCCCGAGCCCCAGCAAGCGUGGGCCUCCUAGGUGCAACAAGUCGUCGCUGAUGGUUUCUGCGUCCGGCCACAUGGCUUGGGAACGCAACCUGAGAACGGUGUCCAAGUUCCAGCCGAACAAGAAGGUUACCUCCCUUCAGAGGAAAAAGGAGGCGCUGCACCGGGCUAUGCGAACGGGUGGUAAAGGCGGCGGCGGCGGCGGCGGCGGCGGCGGCGGCGGUGGGCGGGGAGGUCGCAGUGGAGGCGGUGGCGGAGGUGACGGCGACGGUGGCAAGGGGGAAGAUGGCCGGCCUUCUAUUGGGACGUGGGCCACAACGCAGAACUAUCUCAAGAUCCUGAAGGAGAUCAGCGGAAAGGACGAGGAGGAGCUGGAGUGGUUGGUCGUCGCCAAGAAGGGGCAGGGGGUUGAGAAAAGCGAGACGAGGCGCGAGAACGCCGAGACAGAGUACCACCGCUUGCUCUGCGAAGAAUCCAUGCAGGAGGCGGGUCUUAAGCUUCUCAGAGACCGCCGUCUGGAGGUGGCUCUGCGGAAUGUCGGGAAGCAGGGGGAAGAGCUAGAUCGCCUGACCGAGCUCCUAGAGGAGCUGGGCGGACAGGAAAUGUCCCUCGUCGCGAAGGGCGCCGACGCGGAGCAACAGGAGUCGGCGCAAUUAGAAUCGGCGGCAGCCGUGGCAGCGGAGGCGGCAACGGUAGCCGCGGAGGCAGCAGAAGCAGCAGCAGAAGCGGCAGCAGACGCAAACGCGUCCCCGGAAGCGGUCGACACCGAGCAGAUGAUGGAGCGCGCAGCUGUGGCCGCAGAAGCGGCGGCGCAGGCAGCGGAGAAGGAGGCGGUAGCGACGGCAGCCGCGGAGGCUGCGGCGGCGGCGGCGGCGGCGGCGAGAGCCUCGCGGGAGGCGGAGAGGGAGCGUCUCGAGCGGGCCAGGGACGAGGCGGAGGAGAAGCUGGGGAGGGUGCUGGGCGACAUCGGGGCCGGGAAGGAGAAGCUCAGGGCGCUGGGGGGCACCAUGAAGGAGGAAUGCAGGGGGGUGCCCGGCGGGGGCGGUAGCGCACUCGAGACGGUCGAGGGUGGCAAAGGCAUCACGGCGGACGUGUGCUCGGCAAGGGAGCUCAUCGCGCCUACACGGGCCAAGAGUGGCCUGAGCGGCAUCGAGGAUGCCGCCAAGACUCUCGCCGAGGAGCUCCGCAAGACGCGGUGGGUGGCUGCUCUGGCUCGGAUGGAAAAGUGGAGGGAACGUAAAGAGGCCCUCCCGGAGUACGCCAAGGAAGUCGCCGAUCAGGAAAAGGCGUGGUUCGAACGAGAGAGGGAGGCCAACGAAAUGGCCCUGCAGCGCACCCGCAAGCUCAUUCCCGUGGGCGUGACGCGCCUCACGGUGGCAGAGCUGGAGCAGCACGCGCUCGACGCCGGGUCGCUGUACCCCCGAGAGCUGGCCCUGCGGAUCAAGGUGCCGAAAUUUCGGUGA